UUUAAUGCUGGAUGCGUUUAUUUCUACACUCCGCGCGGCAUCAAUAAGUUGAAUAUCGAGCCCUGCAAUUACACGAUGAAUUUCAUUUGCCAACAAAAACUUAAUAAUUAAUCUUGGGGUCUGUUUUAUUCUGCCAAAUGUGAUCAAUUGAUUUGAACUAACUUUUUUAUGUUGAUAAAAUAUUUAAAUAAACUUGGGAAAAAUAAAUUGCUGUUGUAAUAUUUCGUGUUUAAGGACUGUGUUGUUUGAUAAGAAUUUGAUAAACGUUUGACGUUUGCGAUAACGGUUCACUUGUUUAGGAAAUUCAUAAAUUUCUUUACUUAUUAAUUGUUCCUGGUGGAAAGAACAGGAAGGGUGCGGCAUUUCAUUUGCACUCUCUAAAUUUCGCUUUUUACUUUCGAACAUGGAAGAAGAGCCGAAGUACGAGGUGCCUUACGCGGCCACCAACGUCCAAACUUCGGUCAAAAUCGAGAUGCCCAAGAGGUCGCAGGUGGAAAAGACAAGCAAGUUUUCGCGGAAAGCGUUGACCAGAACUGUCCCAUGGGUUCUCUGCGUCUUUUUUUCCUUCCUAACUACGUGCAUUCUUCUUGGAAAAAUUAUAGUGGAUGACGCCAGGCUAGACUAUUUAACCAAACUCACCGAACGUCAACAAUGGCUGAUUCCUUACAAAAUUUCCAUCAACUGUACUCUUGCUCGUUCCCAUAAUUUGAUGCAGUUGUCCAAUGGAAAGAAAUACUUCUUUUCUUAUCCAACGAGAGAAUACUGGAGCGUGGCCAAUGAAAAGUGCAAAGAGAUGGGCCUUCAUCUGGCAACCCUCAGGGAUGAAGCCGACCUGGACGCGACCUGGACAGAAGCAAAUAAAAGGAUACAUGGGAACUGGUGGUUAUCAGCAAAGAAUUACGCAAAUCAAGGAAAAUACAACGUUCGCUGGAGUGACGGCUCAGAGUUGGAGGAAAACAGCAUCUUGUGGAGCGACGAUGUUUACAAACUCCGGGGCUGCGUCUACUUCAAGACUUCGCAUACCAAAAAAUUGAAAAUUAGCUAUUAUAACACAAACUAUUUUUAUUACAUUUGUGAAUUGCCAACAGAAUGUUACUGAGGGCAGCAUCAAAAUUGGCACUUGGCAGAUCCGCAAUCAAAAUAUUUUUAAUUUAAACACCAUAUUGUCUAAUGUCUUUGAAUUUUGCCUUAUAUACUUCAAAUUUCUGUUUAUAAUUAAUUAGAUUAUUUCGGAUUAUUUAUAAUUUGCAAUUGCAUAUAUUAUUAUUAUUGAAAUAUCCUAUGCUACUUAAUUUUAAUCUUUGUAAUGGCCCAUGCCCUUAAUUGAACACGAAUAAAAGCUCUUCUUACUUUUUCAGACUUUAUUUAUCAUGCUGUAUAAUUUGGCAAUUGCUUUUUUUAUACAUUUGUUUUAGGGCUUUUAAUCCCUUUAAUGUAUGCAUUGUAGCAUAAUUUGCACAGAUUCGAUCAUUGAUUUUGCCGCCUUGUUUUUCAAAUUUGUGUAUGUUGAUAUUUAAUCAAGAUAACAGCGGCUUCCAUUUUUGUGUUAAAUUAUAAAUUGCAUUUUGGUUAAUAAAUUUAUUCA